GGCGAGCGAGGCGGCUGCCCGGCCGGCUGUCGGCGCGCACCCGCUCCCGGCCCAGCCCAGCCCGCGCCGAGGCCGCCGCCCGCCCGGCGGGGCCCGACGCCAGCGCUCCCGGCGGCGGCUCCAGGGCAGCCCGCGCGCGAGCCGGGGAGCCGCGCGCCACUGUCCCCGGAGGGGGCCCGGGACCCCGAGGAGCCCGGCAGAGCCCGACGGGCCCGCGCCGCGAUGCCGGACGAGCUGACGGAGCCCGGGCGUGCCACGCCGGCCCGCGCCUCCUCCUUCCUCAUCGAGAACCUGCUGGCGGCCGAGGCCAAGGGCGCCAGGCGCGCGGCCCAGGGCGGCGGCGGCGGCGGCCGCGAGGACGAGGAGGACGACGACGACGACCCGGAGGACGAGGACGCGGAGCAGGCGCGGCGGCGGCGGCUGCGGCGGCGGCGGCAGCUGCGCGCGGGCGCGGGGCCCGGCGGGGAGGCGCGGGCGCGGGCGCUGCUCGGGCCGGGCGCGCCGGGCCUCGGUCCCCGGCCGCCCCCCGGCCCCGGGCCGCCCUACGCGCUGGGCUGCGGCGGCGCGACGCGCUGGUGCCCGCGGGCGCACGGCGGCUACGGAGGCGGCCUCAGUCCGGACACCAGCGACCGGGACUCACCGGAGACAGGCGAGGAGAUGGGCCGAGCCGAGGGCGCCUGGCAGCGGGGCCCCGGGCCGGGAGCGCUGCAGCGAGAGGCAGCCGAGCUGGCGGCGCGGGGCCCGGCGGCCGGCGCGGAGGAGGCGGCGGAGCUGGCCGAGGCCCCCGCCGUGGCGGGCGAGGCGCGCGGCGGCAUUGGCGUGGGCGGCGGUCGCAAGAAGAAGACGCGCACGGUCUUCUCGCGCAGCCAGGUCUUCCAGCUCGAGUCCACUUUCGACCUGAAGCGCUACCUGAGCAGCGCGGAGCGCGCGGGCCUCGCCGCCUCCCUGCAGCUCACCGAGACGCAGGUCAAGAUCUGGUUCCAGAACCGUCGCAACAAGUGGAAACGGCAGCUGGCGGCCGAGCUGGAGGCGGCCAGCCUGUCCCCGCCGGGUGCGCAGCGCCUCGUCCGCGUUCCGGUGCUCUACCACGAGAGCCCCCCGGCCGCCUCCGCCACCGGGCCCCCGGCCGCCGCGCUGCCCUUCCCGCUGGCGCCCGCCGCGCCCGCGCCGCCCCCGCCGCUGCUUGGCUUCUCCGGGGCCCUGGCCUACCCGCUGGCCGCCUUCCCGGCAGCUGCCUCCGUGCCCUUCCUGCGGGCGCAGAUGCCCGGCCUGGUGUGAGCCCCACCCGCUGGGCCCACUCCCUGGGGCCGCUGGGGACCUCUGGGGCGGCCCAGGGAAAGCUGGGGGAGGGCCGGCGCGCUCCUAGGGCCCCUCUGCGCCUGAUCGCAGGCUGCCUGCCGCGCCGGCCAGAACCCUGUCCGAAGCUCCUCCAGAGUGUAACAGAGAUGUCUUGGACUGUGGCGCCCCGACAGGCUGGAACCCUGGCAGGGAAGAGGGCAUCCCCGAGAGACGGUCCGGUGUGCCAGGCAGCCCAGAGCCCCAGCAGGACAGGCCUCCGGCGGGCGCGAGUUCAGUGACCCCGCUGCAGCCCGCAAGCACCCAGGCGCAGCCCACCCCUGAGGCAAAGAGGCUGUUCGAGGUGCUUCGAGGUGACCAGUCCCCAACACAGCCCCCACCCAACAUACACGUCCCUCCCCAGGACUGUGCAGGAGCCCAGACAGCAGGCCUCCAGAGGACUGUGACCAGCCUCACGGCCUUGCCAGUGGGCCCCACAGAGGGAGCACCCCAGGGAGAGCACCCCUGCGCAGGGGAAGGGGCGAGGACCCGGCCGGGUGGCACUUGUGUGAGUGUCCCUUCUGCAGACAGGGCCGGACUGGGGCUUCUCUCCUGGGCCGUGGCCUCCAGUUCUUCUGGCGAAGACUUUUUUAAAAAUGAACCUACUUAUUUGCGUAUGGAAUAAAAGGGACGUUUU